GGACAGAAUGUUCUGCGUCAGAGAGGGGAAGGACAGAGGGAAUAGUGAAUACCUGGCACAAAUGAGAGCUGAGAAGCAGUGAAUAACACAUUUACAAAGCACAUUUAUAAAAUCUUGAGAACUAUACUAUACUUGGGGAAAACAGAAAUUUUAAACCAAAGGGAGAAAUUGAUAUUCAUGCCAUUAGGUUGGAGGCUACCCAGACAGAAUAUAUUGUUCCUUCACUCUGAGGGUGGCCUAAUCACAGGAUAUGAGGAGACCAUGGACCGACAUGUCGAAAUGUGAAUGGGAAUCUUAAUCUACAGGACUACACUUACCCAUGUUGCAAUAUCCAGACAGUGGAUCACUCUCUGAAUUGUGAAGACGUUCCCAUGGAUUCUUAUCUUGACACAGUUCAAGAUAAGCAAAUGCAGCGAGACUAUGGAAUCCAAAUCAGGUUUAUUCAAGACCCGCAAGAAGAAGCAACAAGGGCACAAAAACAUCAGGCUGCGAAUAACAAAGCAGGGUCGUAUGGAGUCAGCAUUAGGGUGCAGGGAAUUGAUGGGCAGCCCUACGUUGUGCUAAACAAUAAUCAGGAAGGACAAAUGGAAAUGUAUGAGCCUUCUCCUGAGAAUGGCUGCUCCAACCCGACUCUGCCUCAAGAUGGUUUUAAACCAUAUUCUGGACCUUACGCAAAAAAACAGCGAAACACUGCCUCCACUAAUGGGCAUUUCACCUUUCCAGAAAGUCAGCAGUUCGAUUCACGGAGGCCUUCUCCUUAUCCACAGUUGCUAAGAACAGAAACCCCCAAGGUCAAGGAUGACAACAGCCAUGUGAAAGCAGGUAAUUUGCUGAAUUUUCAAAAACACCCUGAAAUUCUGAAGCCAUACAACCCUGAAAAGAGUGUCCUGGAACAGGCUGGUUGGCAGCAUUUGACCAGUAACGUGACUGCUGAGAAGAAUAUCGAUCGUCCUCUGCAUCAUAAACCUAAACCAGAAUUCUCAAGGAAGUCGGAUGCGGGAGUGUCAAACCCAGUUAAAGCCAGUGACGAGAGAAAUAGGAUCAGUAAGUCGGCGACAGUGGGUGAUCAAACCAAAAGAACUGCAGGGCCCAUCAGCAGAAAGCCUGAUUCGGUGAGCAGCAAGGGAAAAGGGCAGAAUGGCGCCAGGCCUGAUUUGGAAGAUUCCCAGAUGGCACGGCCAGACCUGCUCCCUUUGCGCCGGCAAGGACCCGGCGGAAGAGGUGUUGAGGCUCCGGUAUUGCGCAGGUCUUGUUCAACUACAGCGCCAGCAGCUUCGGACAAGUUACCUCCUCCCAACAAAUUAUGGGUGGAUGAUCCCGAUGAAGAACUUUCUGCUGAAAAUAUAAACCGGCAUGAAAACAGGAGGUACAUUCCCUUCUUCCCAGGCACUGGGCGAGAUAUUGACUCCGACCAUAUUCCUGGGGUGGAUGAACUGAUUGAUAAAUUUGAUGGUAAGGAGGGACAGCACCGGCGGGGCAGGUCAGCGAGGAGAAACCGAAUUGAUCCAGAAGAUCGAAAACGAUCUCGAAGCGUUGAUAGUGUUUUUCCCCUCAAGUCUCCAGAUAACUUCCCGUACUCUGAUAGGAAGUUUGGAGCAGCAAGCGAACAUUUGCUGAGACCAUCACAGCUGCGACAACAAAAUGCAGUAACUCAAAGACCUGAUCUGAGUGAGGAUCCACUGGUCAGUGAUAUAGUUUCCACUGGGAGCCUUGGUCGGUAUCCAGCGCAAACUGCAGACCAUCAGAGAAAUGUGAAGAAUGGCUUGGUCAAGAGUUCAAGUCAGACUAAAGUAGACGGAGAAGCAACUCAUGAGCCCCAGGAGAGAACUGUGGUCAAAUCUUCUGCACUCCCUGUAGGGGCAAACAACAAGCCUGAAGCAAAUAGGGAGGAAAUGGUACCUGUUACCCAAAAACAUUUGGGCAAAAAAGCACUCUCCUUCAUUCGGAUCAAUAAAAAGAGUUUGGAUCCUCCGACGAGCCAAGAUACCUGUGAUAAUGAUGUGCCGGUAACACCUGACCUUUUGAAAGACCAACAAACGAGUGAAGAGACAGCAAAGCAGAUCCUUUACAACUACCUUAAAGAGGGGAGCCAGGAUGAUGAUGCCACAAAAAAGAAAGUUAAUUUGGUAUUUGAGAAAAUCCAGACCUUAAAAUCGAAGGGUGUUGCUGCUGUGAAAGAUGAAAGGGACAAAAAGGAUGACAUUUCAUCAGAAUUCCAAGUCCUAUUGGAACAGAAAAAUGCGCUUGAAAAGAAUGCAGUUGUGAUUGAGAAGAAAGCAGAAGAGCUGCAGAGGAAACUGGAUGAAGUGACAAAGAUACAACAGAAUGACAGAGAACAAAAGGAUCGGACUAAAGACAAUCUCAGAAACCUACAGCAAGAAAUGGAAGAGAACUUAGAAGAAAAUAAUCGUUUGCGAGAGCAGUUAGCAAAAAGUGAUAAAGAGCUUAGAAAUCAGCUUGAAGAAUUGGUGCAAGUGAAGAUGGAGAGGGAGCAGUACCAGAGUGAAAUCAGAGACCUGCAGGAUCAGCUGUCAGAAAUGCACGAUGAGCUUGAUUGUGCUAAGUUCACUGCAGACAAUGAGGAGGAAAAGGAGACUCUGAUAAUGGAAAUGGUUGAAGCAAAGCGGCAGCUGGAAGAGGUGCUGAUUGCCAAAGAAGAUCAGCAGGAGAUGUUGAGGCGAAGGGAAAGAGAGCUGACAGCACUUCGGGGUGUUUUGAAAGAGGAGGUGUCAAACCAUGACCGAGAGAUGGAAGAGCUUAAAGAACAGCAUGAAAAGGAGAAGCAGAAGCUGAGGAAAGUUAUAGAUGAUCUACUGCAGAGCAAAACGAAACUGGAACAAGAAAAUAUUGAGACCAAGCGAGCGAAGAAUGCAGUAGAAGGUCAACUGAGGAACCUCAUGGAUGAAAAAGAAAGCUUGAAAAAGAAAGUUGACAAAUUGGAAGCUGAAGUCGGUGAUCUCAGUCAAAUCAUUGAUAACACGAAGGAAGAAGAGAACAGACAGAAGGAUAAACUGGCAUGUGUUGAGCAAGAGAAGAAGCAAUUGGAAGCAGCCUUGAGAGAAGUUGGCGAUCAGGAACAGGAUAUCUCAUUUGCAAAAAGAGCUUUGGAAAGUCAGCUGGAAGAUGCCCAGAGAAACCUCAACAAAAAGUCACAGGAUAAUCAGGAGUUACGUGAAAGACUUCAGAUGGAGAUUGUGCAGAAGGACCUUCUAAAGAAGACGAAGAUUGAAAUGGAGAAUGAAAAAAGACAAUUGGAGAAGAUGGUUGAGAAGCUUCGGAAGGAGAUGGCUGAGGUGACCAAGGACUCUCAGAGGUCAAACCUUGAUCUGCGGAAGGAACUCGAUGAGUGCAAGGAAAAGAGCCGCAGUCAGCUGACGUCCCUGCAGCAGCAGCUGAAAACCAAGGGUCUGGAGGCUGAGAAAUCCCAGCUAAUGACCAAGAAACUGCAGGAUGAGGUACGGCGCCUGUGUGAGGAGUUGGAAGACUGUUCCCAAGAGCGUGAUGAAGCACUUCUGAAGAGCCAGCAGCUGAGGCAGAACGUCAGCGACCUGGAGCGAGACCUUGAAAGUAAAAUGCAUUGUGUCGAUGAUCGAGCACGGCAGGUCAAGCAAAUAGAGGAUAAACUGGUGGAUUUGGAGAUGGAGCUGGAAGAGGAGAGAAACAAUUCGGAUCUUCUGACAGAUCGCAUCAAUAGAGACAGAGAGCAGAUUGAACAAAUGCGAAGUGAGCUUUUCCAAGAAAGAGCAGCAAAACAAGAUCUGGAAUGUGACAAGGUUUCACUAGAGAGACAGCACAAGGACCUGAAGAGCAGAAUUGCAUACCUAGAAGGUUCUCAGAAACAGAAUAAAGAAGGGAUUGUUACUCAGCUUGAAGCAAGAGUCCAAGAGUUGGAAGAACGUCUUGAGGAAGAGGAAAGAGAAAGAUCUGCUCUGCAGCUGAACAAUCGUAAACUUGAAAGAAAGGCCAAGGAGUUGAUGCUGCAAAUAGAUGAUGAACGUCUCCAUCUGACAGACCAAAAGGAUCAGUUGAAUCUGCGAUUGAAAGCAUUGAAAAGGCAAGUAGAUGAAGCAGAGGAAGAAAUUGAUCGGCUGGAAAGUGCAAAGAGAAAGGUGCAGAGGGAGUUGGAGGAACAAAUCGAAACCAACGAGGAGCUCCAAGGCCAAAUGAAUACAUUAAAGAAAGAUCUCAGGCGUAAAAAUUCAGUGGCAAAGGUUUCAUCCUCGAUUCUAAAUGAUUAUGAAAAUGAUUACAGUACAGAUGAAGACAGUAUCUAUGACACAGACUUCAAACCAUCAAAGAAGGAUAACCUCUAGGUUCACACCCGGACUGAUGCUUCAUCAUGAGAUAAAGGAACAAGGAACGUAAUGGGUUAGUUAAUAUAUCUUUCAAGAAAUGACAAUUAACUGUACCUGAUGUGACAUGGAAACCCUUAAUGAUACUGUCUGACAUGUGAAAGUAUCUUUGAUGUAUACCAUUGCUGCCUCACUGUGUAAUGUGUUGGGUCCGAGUAUUUGGAGCCAUUUGAAGAAUGAACUAAAGGCUAUAUUUUCCUGUUCAUUCAUUUUGAAGAGAAGUUAAAAUCUUAAACUUUGGAAAAAAAUAAGCAAACAGAUUUUAACGUGUGUGCAGAUUGUAAAUACAUUUAAACUAUGGAGAUUUCCUAUUGUUAUAAUUUAAACUGCUAUAGUGCCAAUAAUACCUGUAGUUUGUCAACUAGAUUGUGUUCUGGGACACUUCAAUAAAAUAAUCAUCUUUAGUCGGUUCCACAAUCAAAACAAGUGUAUUAGUUGCUGGUUGAGCACUGGUACCAUUAAUUUCUACACUUCUAAUCUGUGUGUGUGUGUGUGCUUGCGUUUGUGAUCAUGACUGUCUAAAUAUACCUGUAUAUGUGUGGUUUUCACUACCUACCACUGUAAUGAAGGAUUUAGAAUUAGCAGAGAAUUUAUCCCCAAUAACCAGAUUAAAAUUGAGAGCGACCCCACCCAUAGAAUCAUGUUGGGGACUGUGGUGCCUGAAUUGCUUACUAGUCAUGGACUGGUAUUUUACUGAAAGUGCACGUCCCAAACUCUGUUGGUCAUUUUGAAUAAUUCCACCACACCCCCAAACUACAAAGCAAAACAUGGAUAGAAGGAAAAGUUAAAAUGCCCAACUUGAAACAUACAUUGAUCCCGCCCACCUCCAGUGUUAGUGGAGGCAGUGUGAAGGGGACCUAAUUAGUUCCAUUUCAGGAGGUUAGCCAGUUGCCGAAUCUCAGGUGGACAUCAUGUGCUUUUGACAGGGUUUCUGUUUAUAGUUCAUGUUUUUGGGUUUCCUUUGUUUCAGGAAACAUGGUCGCAGUAAGACCGUCCAAAUCUGGUGGCUCUGCUGGUCCCAAUAAACACGCUUACACACACCAACACCACACUCUCCGUGCCCCACCCUCUCUAUCCCCAUUCCACAGCUGUACCCGACUGAUGUCCAUUAAAUCUCAGCAAAUUCCACCUCCCAUACCACUUUCCCUACAGCCACGGACUCUAUAUAAACCCUACCACCUAUAGACCAAUGACUGAUGCCUUCUGUACAGAUAGACAAUCAAGCUGUCUUCUAAAUGAGGAACUCACUUGUCUUGUCUGUGUGGCAUAUGGAGGGACCUGCCUGUCUGGAUGCUGACCAUGUCUCUGUCACCUCUCUCCUGCCGUACACCCCUCCCCAUCACCUCUUUUUCCUGAAACGCCCCUCUCUGUCACCACUUCUCCCCGAAACGCCCCUGUCUGUCACCUCUCUCCCUGAAACAUCCCUCCCUGUCACCUCGCCGAAACCCCCUUCUCCAUCUCCUCUCCUCUCUGAAACACCCCUCCCUGUCACCUCUUCUCCCUGAAAUGCACUCUCUCACCCCGCACCCCCUCUCCGUCACCUCUUUCUCACCCCCCACCCCCUCUCCGCCACCUUUCUCUCACCCCACACCCCCUCUCCGUCUCCUCUCUCUCACCCGCACCCCGCUCCAUCACCUCUCUCUCACCCCACAGCACCUCUCCACCUCUCCCCCCACCCCCUCUCCGUCACUUCUCUUUCACCCCACACCCCCUCUCCAUCACCUCUCUCCCCUCACCCCCUCUCCGUCACCUCUCUCACCCAUCACCCCCUCUCCGUCACCUCUCUCUCACCCACACCCCCUCUCCAUCACCUCUCUCUCUCACCCCACACCCCCUCUCCGUCACCUCUCUCUCA